AUGCACGCAUUUUAUGGUGGAUACCUACAUUGCAAGAGUGGGUUGGUUCAGUUCAUCCAUAAAUACGACAAUAUGCUUGGAAACAAGGAGCAAAAGGAGCUGGAAGAUGAUGCUGCGGACUCGAAAGGAGUCAUCCCAUGUAUAGAGAGCACGGGCAUUGAGAGACAAUUUCAGCAGGAAUACACCAGUAGUAUGUUUAGAACUCUUCAACUGGAGGGAGAUACAAUUUCUAUUAAAGUGGACGAGCAGAAGGUAUUCUGGGGGAAGCCUGUCUACCAUACUUUCAGGGUCGAGUUUGACCCUUUGAGUCGAAAAGGUCAGUGCGAGUGCAACAAAUUUGAAUUCACUGGUAUAUUGUGUUGCCACAUCCUUGCGGUCUGGUCAUACUACAGAGUUGACAUAGUACCGAACUGCUAUGUUCUUCCUCGAUGGAGUAAGAAUAUCAUCCGUAAGCACACUUACAUCAAGAGUAGCCAUGACGUGGCUCGGAGUGAUGAAAGCAACAACUUGUUCAGGCAUCUGUGUUCAGAGUUCUAUAACGUUGCGCAAGAGUUUGUUGCUUGUGAUGAGGAAGCAGCCAUCUUGCGAGCUACCCUUUGGAAUGCAAAGUCCAAGCUGACUGAUUACCGUGCCAGCAUGCGUUCCACUACCGUUGCUGUAUCUCAAAAUACCAUGCCCACACAGAGCACAGGCGGUGCUAUUGUACAUGACAUACAGGGACCCUCAAGAGUCAAAACUAAAGGACGGUCGAAGAGUAAGAGACUUGGAGCAGAGUUGGACAAGUCAAUUAAGAAGUCAAUGCAAAAAAAGGAAGAGGAAAUCACAUCCAGAUGA